GUCCGGUACGUUCUAUGAUUACUAGCAAUCACAAACAAUCACAACAAUCCCAAGCUGAGCAAAGUGAUUACGGCUGUACAUUCAUAAAUAUAUUUAUUAUGUGCAUGUUGUUACAUCAUAGAUUGACGGUGUCAUUUCCUUUCGUAUUUCCUAUUUACAAUUAAUCUCUCGAUGACUCCAAUCCACCUUCCUAUUCCUCCAAAUGGAACUGAUCGCUGAUGAGGAUACAGUCUGGGCCCUUGGAAGUACGUCCCCAGAUACGGAACCAGUAUUCGUUCUGGUUGGGACCUUGGUUUUCGGGGAAGACGACCUCGACGGUCUUGGAAAGUUCAGUAGCGGGAGUUUGACCGACGUAGAGAUCCUUAAUGAGUCCAGAGCUGUUGAAGAGCUCGAUAGCAGAGAAGUUUACGACCAGAGAAUCACCAACCUGCCACUUGACGGCAACAGAGUCACCAACUUUGAUAGUAGACAUAUUGAGAGGGUCGAGGGCAAAUCCGUCACAGAUAGCAAAAGGGUCUUCAUCUCUAGCCACGGGAGCAGCCUGGGUAGCCACGAAGAAGGAAGCGGCCAAAGCGAUGAGGUAUUUGGGAAUAUACAUUGGGGAUAUUGGUUGAAAGUGUUUGUUGAAUUGAAGAAAAAUAGCAGUGGCAACAACAGCCUUUUUAUAAGCACAGACGCCUCCAGGGACAAUGAAAAUGUGAUAUGUUCGGUAUGGCGGUGUUUGAAAGCACGGCAAUGUCUAAGACCUACAGCCGGCUGAAAUCGUUUGGCAAAUCCACCAAAAUCAUCAGUUUGGCUUGACCAGCCCUUCAUCCUUGCGCUAUUCUACUCAUUCCAUCCCUCGUUUUCCUUUGAUUUGCUCCUUCUUUGACCAUUUGAAGCGGGGCAUCAAAAUGCGAAUUGUUUCAUGCGCAUAUUGUUCACACAGUAGAGCAGGAUGGGGGCUGGAUAGUGUGUGAAUCGGAGAAGAGCGAAGUAGAGCUGCAUUGAAGUCGGACGGCGCGGAGCUCUAAUGGAAACGACUGAAACAUGACGUUACAGACCUUAGCCACUUGUUUAACCCCACAGAAACCACUUUUCCUUUUAUUC